AUGGAAAGUGGAAUGACGUUCCAUCGAACAGAUGUUGGCGUCAUCCAGGCACUUGAGAACCUUUCAGAGUCACAGGUAAAUGACUUUCUGUCAGGCCGUGCUCCUCUCCUGUUGGCCAUGAAACUCGGAGAUCACAUGAUGUUUGUGCAGCUGCAGCUCUCUACGUCAUCAUGCACACAGCGCAGUCAGACUAAACAUGCGCAGUGCAGUGCAGAAACUAAGGACAAAGGAAGCAGCGUUGCAGUAGGGCCGGUGUUUAACUCAACGGCCCUUGCUGAACUGGGUCACAAUCUUUCACAGAAAUUAAGGGAACUUUCCAAGCUGUCGACACAUCCCAGAGUUUGUUGUUUACUCGCAAACAGGUUCCUGGAGAUCAUUGCAGCUCUGCAACAGCAACAGCAGCAGCAGCAGCGACAGCGACAGCGACAGCGACAGCGACAGCAACAGCCACGUACCCUGGAUCCUUCAUUGCAGGAUUUAGAUGGGAAACCCAAGAGGAAUAUCAGUACAAUCAUUCAUAUCCUGAAUGAUCUUCUUGGGGCCACACCUCAGUACCGAGUUGAGUCUCCCACUACACUUCACAAUGACAGGAACCUGUUGGAACACAAUAGGGAGAAGAAAGCAUCUUCUGCUGUUUCAAAAUCCACCGUUCCAAAAGAGAAUUAUUCCACAUUCUCUCAAAAUUUAUAA